UGAUAUUCCACUUCAGUUAUAGAACAGGCUGUGGUGCUCACUUAGGAUCCUUUGCUGCUUGUAAAAAUGGCUUACUAUUCUUCUUCAUCGUCCUUCAAAACAAGUGGGGCUGUAGCCGGUGGAAGAGGUGGAGGAAGCAGGAACUCUGUGUCCUUUUCAAAAUAUGGAGCAGGUGGUGCUUAUGGAGGCAACGCAGGGUUUUGCCAGGAUGGAGAGGUUGGGGGUGUCUUUGCUGGCAAUGUAGGUUCUGGCUACGGAGGUGGCUAUAAUGUUGGUCUUGGUGGUGGAGUAGGUUCUGGCUUUGCUGGAGGAGCUGGUUUUGGUGGUGGAGCUGGCUUUGGAGGUGGAGCUGGUUUUGGUGGUGGAGCUGGCUUUGGUGGUGGAGCUGGUUUUGGCUUUGGCCAAGGGUCUGGAUUUGGAGAUGGCAAUGGCCUCCUUUCUGGCAAUGAAAAGAGCACCAUGCAGAACCUAAACGAUCGCCUGGCCAAUUACUUGGACAAAGUACGAGCCUUGGAAGAGUCCAACGCUGAACUAGAGAGAAAGAUUCGUGAAUGGUAUGACAAGCAGAGCCCAGUCAGCAAGGCAGCUGACUACAGCCCAUAUUACAAGACCAUUGAGGAGCUGAGAACCAAGAUCCUCAAUGCCCAAAUUGAAAAUCAUAAAGUGAUUUUGGCCAUUGAUAACACCAGGCUGACCACGGAUGACUUCAAACUCAAAUAUGAGAAUGAGUUGGCCCUUCGCCAAAGUGUGGAGGCUGAUAUCAAUGGCCUCCGUAGAGUACUGGAUGAGCUGACCCUGUCCAAAUCUGACCUGGAAUCCCAGAUUGAGAGUCUUACAGAAGAACUGGCUUAUCUCAAGAAGAACCACGAGGAGGAAAUGAAGGGAUUGCAAGGGCAAGUCAGCGGCUCGGUGAACGUGGAGAUGAAUGCCGCUCCAGGAAACGAUCUCAACAAAGUCUUGUCUGACAUGAGAGCUGAUUAUGAAAGGUUGGCGGCCAAGUACCGGCAGGAGGCCGAAGAAUGGUUCCUGGCCCAGAGCAAAGAGCUGCAACACCAAGUGGUGACCGGUAGUCAGGAGAUCCAAACGUCCAAAUCAGAGAUCACAAACCUCAAACAUACACUCCAGAGCCUGGAAAUAGAGCUUCAGUCUCAGCUCAGCAUGAAAUCAGCGUUAGAGGCUUCCUUGGCAGAGACAGAGGGACGUUAUUGUGUUCAGCUGUCUCAGCUCCAGGAGGUAAUCCUCGCAGUUCAAUCCGAGAUAGGAGAACUUCGUAAUCAGUUGGAACUCCAGAGCAACGAAUACAAGAUGCUCCUGGAUAUCAAAACCCGUCUGGAGCAGGAGAUCGCCAAGUACAGAGAACUGUUGGAUGGCCAAGACAUCAAGAUCCCCGACGGCUCAUCCUCUUCCUCUUCGUCAACUACUAUAACCUCUACUACGCGAGUACGCUAACCAAGACUUCCAACGCAGCCUGCUCGGCACUGGGACCUCGCUGCCUGCCCACGCUGCCCGUCUAUCUAAUGUGCUCCUGGAAGAAAAAGAAUAUGGGGGGCUUUAUUUGCUUUUUGCUAUUCAAUAAAACAUUUACUUAUUGCAAACGUGAAA